UAUAAAACUAUUGCACUGAGAGAGGGAGCUCCACACAUAAGACAAUCUUUUAACACUCUUCUAGCUAUGGCUACAGUGCUGUGGAUCUGUCUGCUCUUUUUGCAGGGUUGCCUGCUCAUAAAUUCUCUGGAUUGCACAGGUAAACGUCUGGAAUGUGCUGGAACACAAGUUACAGAAGCUAAGGAUAAGGAUGAGCCUUUCUUGUCUCUGGUGAGGGCGCGAAGACAAGCUCAACACACUCAGCAGCCCGGAUCCUACUCUGUCAAAGGAUCUCCUAACACACUCAUCCAGACCGACAGGUCAAGGAGACAUUUGAAUGCCAGUAAGAAGAAGCCUAGGCCUCGCAUUGGCUCUUACUCACUUCUUUCCCACAACACUGAAACUAAUCCACUACAGGUAGUGAGGCUUUCUAAACAUACUGAAGUGUUGUCCCAUCGGAACGUGUCUGGAUUAAAGUCAUCGAAGAAGAGGUCCAGAAGAAGUGCACCCAAGAGAAAGAAGAAUGUGAGAAAUAAAACCUGCUCAUGAGAUGUUCUUUGAAACACCAGACCCACACUUCUGCUGAACUUCCAAACUCAUCUUGGGACAAUGUACUCAACAAGAACAAACUGUGCAGAUAUGUAAUUACAGUUAAUAAUGGGCUAGUCACACCUAAAUUAUGAAUUAAACAAACUACAACAAACAACUUAAAUAUAAACAUUUAUACAGCAUAUUAAGCUUUAAAACAUGCAUAUAGCUCAUUUAAAAUGUUUAUAACUUAAUUAUCUUUUGUUUAUAUGACUCUGAACAAUGUUGUAUUAACUUAAAUGUCUAUACACACUGCCUGAAAAAAAAAAGUUUAUCGGGAGUUUAAACUGAACACAUUUUAAAAUGUAUGCAGAUCAACUUUCACAAUAAUGAAGAACUGCAGUGUCACGUAAUAUACACAGUAAACCAAGUGGAUGUUCAGUGAGUUUUCCUUUAUACAGAUUAUUGCUUACUUUAUCUUCAUGAUACACAGUUUAUGCAAUUCAUAUAAAACCAUUUAAUCAUUAAAUAUUUCAUAAUGUACAAUAUCUGUCCAUCUGAUGCAUAUUACACAUGGUGGAAAGUACUUUAGUUAACAGGCAAUAUGUAACUGACUGGCUGGCUUCAAAGAGUAAAGACUGCACAUCUUAUGUUAUCAAUCCAUAUGGAAACAAAUCUGUGGCUUAUAGCUUAACAUGUUGGCCAAACAAUUGAUUUUUGCCUAAGUGGGGUAAAAAAUUAAACAAUCUUGUUUGGUUAUAUGAGACUAGCCAGAGGCAAGUAUUCUUGCAGGCUGUCAGAAAGCUUUGGCAGAGAGAUUGGAUGCCAAUUAGAAAUUAAACACUUAGACUUUGUCCAUAACUACAGAUGGCAAUGUUUGCAAGUAACCAAAAUACCAGCCCAUCUGUGCAUAUACUUUUUCCAACUCUGAAAAUGGAAUCAAGGAAAUGAUGAGAAGGGCUGGGAAUGCUCGGUGGCAACCAUGACACAGAGAGAUGCAGUAUUUCAAGAAACACUCCUCAAACAUCCAAGUCUAAUUCAUAGCGGAUUCCCAGUCAAUGAGAAAUAAAUGUAGAUUUGAAUUGUGCGUUUAUGCUACAUUAUCAUUUAUCAAACACUUUUGAUUACAAAAAUUACAAAUAAAAGAAAAUUAUAUACUUUUAUUUUUGGUCACACUUUAUUUUAAUGGUCCGUUUGUUGAAUUUAAGCUACAAUUACAUAUACAUGCCAACUAAUUCUCAUUAGAUUAUUAGACAGUUAGGUUGGGGUUAAGGUUAGGGUAAGUUGACAUGUACUUGCUAAGUUUCUUAUAGUCAGUUAAAUAUCUGUUGAAGCAGCAGUAUCACCAGAUAUUGCACAGACAGUCUACUAAAACUCAAAUGGACUAUCAAAAAUAAAGUGUUACCAUAUUUUUUAAACAUUUGAUUUAGGGAUUACAAUGACUGUGGUGGAUUAAGCACUCAAUUAUUUGUUAUAUUUACCAGCAAACUAAAAAUCACUACCAUAGUAAUAACUAUAUAAAAUUAUAUUUACAACUUAAAUGAAUGUGUACAUUCAUGUUACAACAGACGAAUGCACACCCAGCCUAAGAUUAUUCCAUUUGAUACUAUUUUACUACUAUUUUAUACUAUAUCAAAGACAUUUGCUAGUUUGUCACACUGUAAUGUUUCAGAUCAAACUAUUUUAAAGGGCACAUAGUUUACCCCUUUUUUAUGAUUUAAAGUUAAUAUUAUGGUUCUUCUGAGUGUGCUAGUUUAGGUUCAGUUUAAAACACAGUUCAGAUUUUUUAUUAUAAUGUGUUAAAAAGUGUCAUGUUGGGGGCGUGUACACAGCUCGCUGUUUUAGGGGUGUGUUGCUUCACAUGAAAAUUUGUUUCGGCUUCCCGCCCAACGUAACAAGGGGCGGAGCCAAGAGCUCACCCGCUCUGUGUUUGCAACAGAGUCAGACAGGCAGACUGAGGAGCAGGAGUGAGAGGAUCGGCAUUCAGCCGUACAUGUACGACUCGGACACAGACCAAGCAGAGAGUACAAAAUCAUUUGUGUCUUUGUAUAGUUUUACAGCCAACUGUGUACUAGUUUCAAAUUAACGGAAAUUUUUUCCUUAUUAAUGUACACACAGCACCCCAUAUUGACAGAAGAAAACAGAAUUGUUGACAUUUUUGCUCAUUUAUUUAAAAAGAAAAACUGAAAUAUCACAUGGUCCUAAAAGACCCUUUAUUCAGUAUUUAGAAGCAUUCUUUUGAUCUAAUACAGCCAUGAGACUUUUUGGGAAAGAUGCAAAACGUUUUUCACAUCUGGAUUUGGGGAUCCUCUGCUAAAAAAUAACACACAUAAUCAUAUUCAAACAAACAAACAAACAAACAAACAAAUAAAUACAUUUGAAGACUCAGAGGUGAACAAAGCUCUUACAAAAUCUACUCAGAUGGUCACUGAGUAAAAGGCACUAUCCAAUCUGGAUAUUGUGUGGACAAUGUGAUGGGGGAAAAAUAUGUUUCCAAUUAAAUAGCUAAUGAGGUACAUCAGAAGAUGGGGUAAGGCCAAACAGGGAUGUCAAAAUAUUAGGAGUAAUGGUAGUAUUAAGAGCGUGCGAGAGCAUUUAAAAAAAUUCUGACAAGAAGUCUGUUAGCUUCAGGCAGGACCAACACAUAUGAAGAUGAUUCACUGGGGAUUGUUUGCAUCUAUUACAAACAUCAUUUAUGAUGGGGAAUAUUUUAGCCAGUCUAGCAUUAGUGAAAUGAGCUCUAUGUACAUGAAUAACUGUCAGCAGGUAUUACAAAGUAAUGGGAAGGAAAUAUAUCUAUGUUUAAUCAGGAUGGGCUAGUGUCCCAACAAUUAGAGCCUAUGCAGUAAAGCAAUUUAUUAAUAUUGCUUGGGCCAUCUGCAAUCUCUUUAGCCCUGGAGACCUGCAUGGAAAAUGUCAGAAUUCCUGGUGCCCGAUCUUCCUAUUCUGGUGAUCACAACUCUGCAAUUUAUUAUUUUAAAUCUAUGCCCCUAAUAAUGAAGCAAACAUUGUUAAAGUUGUUAAUCUAGUCAAUACAACUUUGAAAAACCUAAAUACUGAUAGAUUUUUAGUAUUAGGUGGUGAUUUUAAUUGCACUCAGAACAAUAGAAAAGUAGAUCAAAACCAUUUGGAACCACAUGCUGCAUAUAAAAAGUUAUUAAAUUUUAGUUUAAACUUUUCAUCUUUGUUAUAAUUGAAGGUAAAAAUGUGUAAUUCCAGAUUGUAGAGAGUUCUUUCCUGAUAUUUGUACUAAACCUGACUCUGUUUCAGCAAACUUUAUUAGUCAUCGUUUGAAAAGGAAAUUAAUGAGCAAAAUUAUUUAUCUUCAGCCAAUUAAAUUAGCUGCAACAAAGUAUUGUAAAAGUGACAAAUGUUAGUUGGGUAAAAAUACUUGCAACUGGCUCCCAUUGCUUGUCUGGUGUUUUGAGUGGUUUUAUAUUUGACACAACAUGGAAUAACAAUCUCAUUAUCAUCUGGAUUAUCCUGUAGUCACUGCUCCGAUUGCCGAUUUACUGUUUUUUUACACAGUCACUCAACCGGCUGUGGUGUUUCUCUGACAAUCAUUCAUCGUCCCUGCCCAAAAUAAAUCCAUCAAGGGACAGUGCUGGUAACUCAAUCACAAGGGAGUUUAUUUCCUGCCUGGACAGAUUUGAUUUUCAGUAAUAUGCAGAUAUCCCAAGCCAUUCCAAAGGACAAACACUGAACCUCCAUUGUUGCUUUGUUGUUUCACCUCUGUAUUGUACAGCUACAUCCACACCGAUAUCAGAUCAUAAACUGCUUUUCUUUACAUUAUGCUCUCUAGAUCCGAACAACAUUCCAUAAUAAAAAAUAUUUAUUAUUAAUUCA